CGAAAUUGGAUUUCAUUCGUAAAUUUGACCGAGAACGGAUUGUGUUUUACUAAAGGUGCAGCUGUCUUUGCGGCGAUAUCUAUUUUAAUAAAAAAUAGUGAUUGCCAAAAUAAAUUUAAAAUCAAAAGUCUUCAAGUGAAUUAAAAACUAACUUAUAGCAGCCGGAUUUAUUUUGCGUCUGUACAUACACAAACUUAUCGAUUUGUGUGACAUCGGAUUAGACGACGAAUACGCUACCGCUGGCAGCCAACAUGGCGGACGACGAGCAAUUCUCGCUGUGUUGGAAUAAUUUUAAUAGUAAUUUGUCUGCUGGUUUUCAUGAGUCGCUAUGUCGGGGCGAUUUGGUCGAUGUGACUCUAGCGGCAGAGGGGCAAUUUGUUAAGGCCCACCGUUUAGUACUCUCGGUGUGCUCGCCCUAUUUUCGUAAAAUGUUUACCCAAAUGCCGGCCAAUCAACAUGCUUUCGUUUUUUUAAAAGACGUAAGUCAUACGGCACUUAAAGAUUUAAUACAGUUCAUGUAUUGUGGAGAAGUAAAUGUAAAACAGGAAGCUCUACCAGCGUUUAUAAGCACAGCAGAGGCUCUCCAAAUAAAGGGGCUAACUGAUAGCGAUCCACCACCGUCGCAAUCCCCAGCAGAACCUUCAACACCUACGCCCCAAAUUCAGCAAAUUUCCUCGCCUCGUGUUCGUCAACGUACAUCAGCAUCCCGUUCAUUUAAAAUUGAAUCGGUGGAGGACUCUGGAGAUGAUAAACAAACUCAAAUAGUUAUUCAAACAACUUCAGCUCCUCCUGCGCAGCAAGUAGUUACUCAACCACAAACCCAACAUCUGCAACAGACUCAAAGUCAAACGCAUAUAGCACCUCAGCAAAUUGCAAGUACCACCACCGCCGCUACUACCACUGUUGUUACGCAUAAGCGACCAGCGCGUAGCAUUGGAAGUGGACCCCACAUCAAACGCACCAAAAGUACAAUUGACCCCCUAGACACAUCUGAUCCGUCGACCGGGGCCCAGCAAAUUACUGUACAAACAGCUGUUGUAGCUGCCCCUGCACCGGAACCUAAGGCACAAGUUCAACAACAACAACCUGAACCCGAAUAUAUUGACUUGCCAAUAGAAUUGCCCACAAAAUCAGAACCGGACUAUGCGGAAGAGGCCGGAGACGUAGAAGGAGGGGAAAAUGAGACCACAUAUGUAGAAGAUGAUUCAUAUGGGGAACUACGGUAUGAUGAAAGCUAUUUCACGGAAAACGAUGAAGCACCUACGGGUGCGACGACGGGGCAAAGUAGUAAUGUGUCUGGCGGUGGUGCGAAUGCAACUACAUCAAAGGCUUUGGUGAAACAACAACAAUCAUCAUUCUCAGACAAUUCGUACGUGGACGUGGCGGAUCAGGCGAACAGUGACGCACAAGGUUGGUUGAAUACUAAUUUAUUUUGUAGCUUUAAGAUAAUGGUGCAAGCUUAACUGAAUUAUUUUCUG